GCGGCGAAUUCAUUUUCUACGCGCGCGCCACAAGAUGUAGAAAAAUAAUAAUCUCCAUAUUUCUUCGCUUUUUCUACUUUUCCGCUUAUGUCCUUGCAGAGGGACGCAGAAUACAGCAUAAAAGAGUCAUUCUUCUGUGAAUCAUGUGAUUUUUCCUUAGUUUUCCGACCCACCUGAUGGCGAAAAAGUGGUGAAUUUCUGUGACAUGUUGCUCAGUGGCGCCCACCUAAACUGAGCAACAUGUCAAAGGCCUCAGAGGCACAAUAAAUCAAGUUUGGUGCGGAGCUGUGUGUGCGAGUGUCGGGGAAAAAGUGAAAUUUCUCCAGCAGUGAGUAAACAAAAGUUGGCGGAAAGUGCACAAAAUGACGUCGGGCAAAGAGAACAUCGGGGAGCAGCCGAUCUUCACCUGCAAUGCUCAUGUGUUUCACAUUGACCCGAAGACGAAGAGAACGUGGAUCACGGCCAGCACGAAGGCUGUGUCUGUGAGCUUCUUCUACGACUCCUCGCGGAAUCUGUACAGGAUCAUUAGCGUGGAGGGCAGCAAGGCGGUGAUCAACUCAACCAUCACGCCCAACAUGUCCUUCACGCAGACGUCGCAGAAGUUCGGCCAGUGGAGCGAUGUGAGGGCCAACACGGUGUACGGACUGGGCUUCUCGUCCGAGUCGGAGCUGCUCAAGUUCGUGGAGAAGUUCAAGGAGGUGAAGGAGGCCACGAAGAAUGCCAUGUCCAAGAAUGCCAAUGGAAGCUCAACAGGAGCCACACCAGUGACUUCGGCGAACACGUCGCCGAUCACAUCGCGAUCGUCAAUCAUGCAGAAUGAGAACAACUCUGAUCUCGUGGAGCCACCAUCAUCCGCGGUUACUAAUCAGCAAAUCGGCAAGCCUGAGAGUCCAUCGCACAAGAAUGUGGUGUCUUUAGGCAGCGUUGGCAAUGACUCGAAACUGGGCAAUGUUGAUGGGAUGUCAUCGUCUGAGCAGCAUCUCAAGUAUGAGAAUGAGCGUCUAAAGUCGGCCCUUGCGCAGAGUUCGGCAAAUGCGAAAAAGUGGGAGUUUGAGCUCAACACGCUAAAGAACAACAAUUUGCGUCUCACCAGCGCUCUGCAGGAAUCCACACAGAAUGUCGAUGAGUGGAAGCGGCAGCUUCACACGUACAAGGAGGAAAACAUCAGGAUGAAGACGCGGUUGCAGGAGAUUGAGAGCUGCAAGGAUGCUGGCGACAUGGCGGACGACUUGCGGAAGGAGAUCAUUUCGCUCAAGGGGAAGAUUGAGUCACUGGAGAGCGAGCUGAAGGGGCAAGAGAUUGAACUCAGAGCCGCCAAUAUGAGUCUCAAGGAUAGGAACAAUGAUCAAUCGAUGAAACAACUCAUGCAUCUUAAUGCUCAAUUCGUGAAGCAUCUCACUGAGAUAACGCUAGUACAAAAGGAAAUGGACAAAAUCCUGAUGGGCAAUAAAUCUACUUGAGAUUCACGAAAACAGACAAAUGAGCCCUUGGAGCUCUCAGAAGAACAGACGACGGGAGUUUUUGAUAACAGCUCAACAACAAAUAAUUGGGACUUUGACGCAGUUGUGCGGAGUAUUAACAAUGGUAACGGUCAUAAGAGUCUGGAGGAAGCCCAAAAGAUGCUACUGCUAAAGCAUGAUCAGCUGAAGAAGGAGACCAUGUCCCUUCUGGCCGCCGCUUCGGCGGUUGCUGAUAAGAAUGUGGAGUGUAGCAAGAGCAACAAUAACAAUCAAUCACGUAGGAUCGCCGGUGGCGAGCCAAAGACUAAGAACACGGCCACGAUUCUGGUUUCGAAGAACAAAACCAAAACUGGACUUCCAUUGCUGCUGAAGAAUUCAUUGCACUCGUAAUUGGAAAAGAAAUUAAUUGAAUUUCAUGGGUUUUUAUGGACUCUAAAUGGCGAUUUUGUCUAUUUCCUUGGGUAUAAAUAUGUUUUUUCGAUGUAAAAAAAAGAAA